AUGAUGUCAUCACAGAACGACGAGGAUCCUUUCCUCCAGGUGCAGGCAGACGUAUUGUCUGCCCUCAACACGGCGCGCCCGCUCUUCAAGUCGUAUCUGCGUAUCCGUUCCUCGGCCUCGUCGGCAAACAGUCCCGAGCUUCGGGAAGCGCGCAGCGAACUUGAACAGACGCUCCAAGACCUUAGUCAGGACCUCGAGGACCUAGUCGAGAGCGUCAAGGCCGUGGAGCACGACCCCUAUCGCUUCGGCCUGGAGAUUGAUGAAGUCGAGCGACGGAGGACGCUGGUCAAGGAUGUUGGCUAUGAGAUCGAGAACAUGCGCGAGGAACUGCAGCAGACAGUCCAACACGCGAAGAACAAAGCCAAGGUCGCGGCCAAUGGCGACGUCCUGCCCGACCCGGACUCCUUCGAGGAUGAGGACAACUACGCGGCCUUCGAGCAGGAAAGACAGAUGGAGAUGAUGCACGAGCAGGACGAGGCUCUGGACGGCGUCUUCCGUACUGUCGGCAACCUGCGACAGCAAGCCGAUGACAUGGGUCGCGAGCUUGAGGAGCAGGGCGAACUGCUCACCGAUGUCGACAAUGUGGCAGACAGAGUCGGCGGUAAACUUCAAACAGGUCUCAAAAAGGUCGGCUGGGUCAUCAAGCAAAACGAAGAUUCCUGGUCCAGUUGCUGUAUCGGCGUCCUCAUUUUCGUCCUGAUCCUCCUCCUCGUUCUACUCUUGUUCCUUUGA